GCAUCGGUAUUUUCCUUGGGGUUUUGUUCUGGGAGGGUGUUUGCCCUAUUACCUCCCCGGCGUCACCGUCUGUCCGUCUCUCCUCUCACUCCCGUCCUCCACAUAUCACUGUCAUUAGUGGUAGCGUUUCUUUCUCCUCUCCCUUCGUCUUGGCUGCUUCCCUCCCCCCCAACCUCUGGCGCCACUCGCCUCCUUGUUCCCCUCUUUUUCCCGGCGUUUCCACCUCACUCCUUCUCCUCUCUCUCUCUCUCUCUCUCUCUUUCUCUCUUUCUCUCUCUCUCUCUCUCUCUGUGUGAAGCCACCAUUCGACAGGCUAUGUUGUGAUCGGAGAGCUGUCAGAAACCCCUGAUUCGACACUCUGUUUGGCGAGCUUCAUUGUACUAGAUAGAGAAGGCGGCCGCAGAAACGGCUGUUCAGGAAGGAAGAUGAGUUCGUUAGCAGGGAUUCCCACAGGAGCUGGCAGAAACGAGAUAGAGACGCGAGAUGGGAACGGGGCGCGGUUGGCGGCAGCGGCGGUGCCGUUACCACCUCGCCCGGACUUCGCGCCCUUGACCGCACGGGAAAUGAGCGGGAAUAAGGCGGAAUUUCGGAAAGUCAAUAUACCCCCGCACCGGUAUACGCCAUUGAAGGAGCAUUGGAUGGCCAUUUACACGCCGAUUCACGACACCCUCAAGCUGGACAUCCGAAUGAAUUUGCAGGCCCGGAGAGUGGAGCUGAAGACAACCCCUGAGACCCCUGACAUAUCCGCUUUGCAGAAAGCUGCCGAUUUUGUGCAUGCGUUUGUCUUAGGUUUUGAUGUCGCCGAUGCCAUAGCUCUUCUGCGUUUGGACGACUUGUUCGUAGAAUCCUUUGAAAUUAAGGACGUGAAGACUCUGCGAGGAGAGCAUCUAUCGAGGGCAAUUGGGAGAUUGUCAGGGAAAGGUGGGAGGACGAAGUUUGCAAUAGAGAAUAGCACGCGUACGCGGAUUGUCAUUGCGGACACGAAGAUUCACAUCCUUGGAUCCUACGCGAACAUCAAGGUUGCAAGAGAUGCUUUGUGCAGUUUGAUUAUGGGCUCGCCGGCGGGGAAGGUGUACUCCAAGCUGAGAACAGUUAGUGCUCGACUUGCGGAAAAGGCCUAGACAAGCAUGAGUGGAGAUCUUCUUCGUUUCCUUUAUGGCACUGCGUGACUUGCGGGGGAAAAGGCCUAGAGAGAAGCAUGAGUGAAGAUCUUCGUGUGUACUUGAUGGCUGGUCGCAUUGCGAUCGAGGGUAUAGUAGAGUCUUCUUCUUUCAUUGGUGUCGGUAAGAUCCGCUGCCGCAUGUGCAUGCGCAUGCACAUACGCGCCGAUUCGAUAAGGGGUGACCCCGUAUGUGUGUGUGUGUGUGUGUGUGUGUGUGUGUGUGUGUGUGUGCAUGCACAUGUGUCAAAGGAAUAAGGACUGACAGAUUGUCAGGGGUGAUUAUGGAUGAAAUGGAAUUGGCGCCGAGCUUUUUUUCUUUGCGUUUUUGAAAAGAGUUUGAUUCAACCCCGCCCCUGUUCUUAGGGCUUUCAAUGAAUUGGCUGCUGCUGCUGCGCCAAUCAGCCACCAACCAGCCUGUCUACCUACCUACUGACCGGGUACUCGUGGCUAUUUCCAUUGUGGUUUUUUAUUUCCUUUUGCGAAAUUGCGUUCAUGAUCUCCUCUUUGGAGUCCGUCGUUACGGGGCCAAUGAAGACGCUCGCGUUUAUAGGCUUCUGCAAGCCACUGAAAGGUGAAAAAGGAGCAUGGAGAUGGGGUCUUCUUUGGGAUCUAUGUGUUUGAAACGUGGCAGGCUUGUGUCCGCUGGCCGUCAUGAGGUGCUAGGUAGCUGGAUUUUGGGCUCGGUGGUCGGUCGUGGGGUCGUGGGGUUGGUGGAAAAAAGCCAAGGGGAUAGGGGGAGAGUGGGUCAUGACCGCACAGUGAUGGAGCUCGCCACCAACUGUAUGUUGCCCUUUUCUCCCCGUUUGCCCUAGUGUCUACCCCCCAGCCCCUGGAAAACUGCUGUACCAUUUCAGCAGGUUGCUCUUUGUCGAAGAACUGUCGUACAAUUUCAGCAGGUUGCUCUUUGUCGAAGAACUGUUGUACCAUUUCAGCAGGUUGCUCUUUGUCGAAGAACUGUCGCACAAUUUCAGCAGGUUGCUCUUUGUCGAAGAACUGUCGCACAAUUUCAGCAGGUUGCUCUUUGUCGAAGAACUGUUGUGCGCUCGGCAUCGGAGAACAUAACGCAUACGGAUUCUGAACAGAUAGAACGCACAGGUUGUGUUCUGAUCCGUUUCGUUUCGCGUAUGUGUUCUAUUUGAGUUUGGGAAGGAAACUUCUGCUCCAAGGGACCGGGGUGUAGUCAGAGUACAUUGGUUUUCCCUCAGUAGCCCGAGUUUUCCUCUGCAUAUCGGGACCGAGGCGGAAGGUAGAACAUGCUGUGCCACAUGCUGCGCCUGUGUCUCCUCAUUAAGAAGAGAGGGUAGUGUGCUGACGUUGGCUGCAAAGAGGGCGUUCCAUAGACAUGCAAUCACACACACCCUGGGGUGUAGGCAGAGUAGUUUGGUUCUCCCUCAGUGGGCCGAGUUUUCGUCUGCAUUUCGGGACCGAGGCGGAAGGUAGAACGUGCUGCGCCUGUGUUUCUCCUAAUUAAGAAGAGGGUAGUGUGCUGACAUUGGCUGCAAAGAGGCCGGUCCAUACACCUGCAAAUACACCCCCCCCCGGGGAGUAGGCAUAGUACAUCGGUUUUCUCUCAGUGGGCCGAGUUCUCCUCUGCAUCUCGGGACCGGGGCUGAAGGUAGAACAUGCUGCGCGUGUGUUUGUCCUAAUUAACAGCAGAGGUAGUGUGAUGGCUUUGGCUGCAAAGAGGGUGUUCCAUACCCAUGCACACACACACACACACACAUCUGAGUCGGUGACAGUCCGACGAAACAGUCUGGCACAGUCAUGCUUUUUUUGAGUGUAUAGCGAAUAUGACAACGCACGCACAUCGUUGAAUGACGGUCUCUGUGCCAUGCCAUUGUGUCCGCAUACGAGCACAGUCCAGUUCGGAUGCGCAGGGCAUAAUCUCUGCUCUGAACAUUAUGAGGGGAUGGCCAUUUGGCAGCCUGUGCCAUGAAAACUGUAACACCCUGUCUUGCAUUCGUCCCCCAUCACCUCCGUGUCACUUGCCCCAUACGCCGUUGUGGCCUUCACAUGUCAUGCUUGAAUAACUGUGAGCGUGAGCCAGCUGUCCUGUCUGUCCUAUUACCAUGUUGUGAGCAACAUGCCCAUGUGUUGUCGAUGUUUUCAGCAAGCUGUGAUGGAGAGUGUGUGUCUCUAAUGUGUGGUUUUCAGAAAGCUGUGCUGCACAGUAUGUGUCUUUCCUAAUGUGUGGACUAUCCGCCGCGCCAUCACCGGCCGCAUCCUCUCCAUUCACGUCUAACAUAUCAUGUUGGCAUCCUCCGGCUGCACUUGUAGACGGACCUCCUCCAUCAGUGACAGACGACCAGCAGGUGCAACAGCCUGAGGCGUUGAGAUCUUGCAACAGCUCGAUACCCUGAUUAUGGACCAGACCCCCUCAUCGCCUGCCCGUACAGACGGACACACACGCCUCUGCCCCUCACUCCCUAUGGAACUCCGGCUCCUACCCCCUCCCUCUCUCUCCUUGUGUAUUACUAGUAAAUGCAUAUGAAUGAG